GACUGCGCAGGCGCGGCGGCCAGGCCCGGGCAUUUUGCUGCGUCACCAGCCGCCGCCCGGCCUCACCACCCCUCGCUCGCACGCACGCACGUUCAUUCUCCGUCCUCGCGCCCCUUUUCCUACACUUUUCUCUCCGACUGACGAGCCGCUCUCGCCGCGCGGUGCAUUCUGGGAAUCGAGGUCGAGCCCGCCGCCGCUGCCGCCGUCGCCUGAGGGGACGCAAGAAGAGGCCGCGACCGGGGAGAAAACGCCAGAGUCGCCACCGGAGAGGAGUCAACUCCACAGCAGCCGCCGCCAGAGAGGUCCGCCCACUUGUUCGCCCGUCCCCCUACCCCGUUCACCAUGCAGCCUGCUUCUGCAAAAUGGUACGAUCGAAGGGACUAUGUCUUCAUUGAAUUUUGUGUUGAAGACAGUAAAGAUGUUAAUGUAAACUUUGAAAAAUCCAAACUAACUUUCAGUUGUCUUGGAGGAAGUGAUAAUUUUAAACAUUUAAAUGAAAUUGAUCUUUUUCACUGUAUUGAUCCAAAUGAUUCCAAGCAUAAAAGAACGGACAGAUCAAUUUUAUGUUGUUUACGAAAAGGAGAAUCUGGCCAGUCAUGGCCUAGGUUAACAAAAGAAAGGGCAAAGCUUAAUUGGCUUAGUGUGGAUUUCAAUAAUUGGAAAGACUGGGAAGAUGAUUCAGAUGAAGACAUGUCUAAUUUUGAUCGUUUUUCUGAGAUGAUGAACAACAUGGGUGGUGAUGAGGAUGUAGAUUUACCAGAAGUAGAUGGAGCAGAUGAUGAUUCACAAGACAGUGAUGAUGAAAAAAUGCCAGAUCUGGAGUAAGAAAUACUGUCAUCACCUGGAUAUUGAGAAAGAAAGAUAACUUCUGCAAGAUUUCAUAAUUGAGAAAAUUCCUGAGUUGAUAGCUCUAAAGGCAAAUGCUGUUUUUGCCUCCUAUAACCCAUUUUUCAACCUGUUUGUUUGUUUUUUUUUUUUUUUUUGGUUUUUUUUUUUUUUUUUUAAGGCUUCACUAAGGGUUGAUAAUGUACCAUUGUAUGGGGCAAUUUUAAGUCAGCUAAGGCAAUAUCCUUAUGCAUGAACAUAUCCCAGACUUCAUGAAGCUGUUGAGGUCCUAGGCAAUUGAUAUAGCAGUUGUGAUAAAGAUAUUUCACCUAAGUCUCCUUUACUUCAUAACAUAGUUACUGACUUGAUAGGAAGCUCUCAGCUUAGGGAAAGAUAACUAAAUGUUAGAUUCUAGAACACAGACUCAAAAGUGGCUGAAACAAUUGGCUGAUACUUUAAACUGAUAACUUGGCCAUUCCUCUGGUGUAUCUUUCAGGGUUGUUCCACUGAAGUUUAUUUAAAAAAAAAAAAUUUCCUUCACAUUAUUGUACAUAAGUGAUCACUUGUCAGUGUUCCAGAUGUAUCUUAGCUAAAACUAGUGAAUGCCCUAACUUAGAUGGUUUUUGAAGCCGAUACAUUUGGUAUUGUUUGGCCCUUAAGCUUUUCCAUCUCUUAGCAUGGAGGACGAAGAAAGCUGUACAUUGUUGCUUGAGAGUCUGUACAUUUUAGACCAGAUUUGUAUUUGCACUGUCAGUAUGGCAAAUGAGUGAGAAAAUGUUAAUACACUAUUGGAUUUUUUUUAAUUUCUUUUUUGAUUCAGCUUAUAAUUGGGCUGAAAAACCUCAAUUUAUGUUCAUGACAGUGGGGAUUUUUUUAAAUGUCUACAUUCUUUCUAAUAAACUGUUGGAAGAUUUCUUGGCUGUCCUUUUAAGUGUCUGGUUUACUGUAUUUUCAUGUAUUUACCAUUUACUGGAAUGGAGUCUUUAUUUUUGAGGUAGAAUUUGGGACUAUUCCUUUGUUUGGAAAAAGGCUUGCUGUAAUGUCACAGGAAACCUUUAUAAAGUGGAUCUGUAAUAGAAAAUUGUAGAUGCACUUUGCAGCGGCUGGAAAAGAAAAGUGUUGUGAUUUGAUUGAAAUAAAACUAAAUGUGUUGUCCUCCUAUAAAUCUU